AUGGCCGAGGAGCUCUCCGCGGCCACGUCCUACACCGAAGAUGACUUCUACUGCCCCGUCUGUCAGGAGGUGCUCAAAACGCCUGUGUGGACUGUGGCCUGUCAGCACGUUUUCUGUAGAAAGUGUUUCCUGAUUGCAGUGAGAGAAAGUGGAAUACAUUGUCCCCUCUGUCAUGGAAGUGUGAAUAGAAGAGAGAGAUCAUGUCCUGAAUGGGCCUUAGAUCUUGAAAAUAUCAUGAGGAAAUUUUCUGGUAGCUGCAGAUGCUGUGGAAAACGGAUUAAAUUCUAUCGCAUGAGACAUCAUUACAAAUCUUGUAAGAAGUAUCAAGAUGAAUAUGAUGUUUCUUCUAUUGUUCCAAACUUUCAGAUCUCUCAAGAUUCAGUAGGGAACAGAAGUUCUUCUGGGCAGCCUACCUUUAAGUGUCCCUUGUGUCAAGAAUCAAAUUUUACUGGACAGUGUUUAUGGGAUCAUUAUAGCGGUAACCACCUAUUUCAGAUAGUUCCUAUGACGUGUCCUAUUUGUGUGUCUCUUCCUUGGGGAGAUCCUAGCCAGGUUACUAGAAAUUUUGUUAGUCAUGUAAAUCAAAGGCAUCCGUUUGAUUAUGGAGAAUUUGUGAAUCUUCAGCUAGAUGAGGAAACCCCGUAUCAAACUGCUGUUGAAGAAUCUUUUCAAGUAAACAUCUGA